AUGUCUAAGCCAACGAGUACUUUCAAGAAAGGGACAAGGCGGUUCACCGGUUGUUGGACAUGUCGGAGGCGUGGCGUGAGGUGCGAUGAGAAUCGACCUCAUUGCAAUAAUUGCAAGGCCAAUGGGCAUGACUGUGAGGGCUAUAUGGUGAAGCUGUGUUGGGGGAAUGAUAAUGGUAACCCCUCAAAACGAACACCUGAAAAAAACAGAAGUUUGAUGUUGUACGAGUGGAAGGAGAAUCAACUCCUCAAUGACUUGAAAAUCGAUUACUUUUUGGAUAGAAUCGAUAUGGCGUCUGCAAUCAUCGGUUCCAAGAGCUAUGAAAGCAAGGGUGACUUCGGUUACGGACCCUUCAACAUAUUUGAUGGCGCUUGCAAACUACAUGAUGCUCAGAAGAGGUCGCAGUCUGGAAAGGAUAAACAGGUUGAUCAUAUCAGACCUCUAUUCAAUGACCCUCAAAAAUUCUGUUUGGGUCCCGAAAGCAAGAUCCGAGAAAGGCUCGAUCAAACGUCGUUUUUGGGUAUCGACAAGGAUCUGAGAGUUGAGGUUUUUCUCUUGGAUUUCUGGGAUACUUAUUUGAGCAAACUUUUGACGCCAGUGGAUGAGACCGAGGUCAAUCCUUACAACCUGAUGUUGAGGGAAGCGCUGGACAAGCCUCAUUCAGCCGAGAUCCAAAGAGCUCUUAUUCAUACGGUAUGUGCCAUGUGCUCCAGUUUCCUGUCAAACGGUGCAUGCCAUAACUUGAUCGCCCCCGAGUACCUAGGUACCAAUUUUCUUCAGUACUGGAAUUUCCAUAAAAUCAAGGGCCUCAGUUUUGUAUCCGCCUCAUAUUCGUGGAAAGAGGCUUCUACAAGCGAAGAACUCAGCUUUUUGGUUGCAUCCAUCUAUUUCCUAUUGGCUACCGAUAUUUUUUCGAGCUCAGAUGAGUGGCAAAUUCAUCUCAGGGGUGUGGUUGAAGCUUUGAAAUCUAUCAGCGAUUGGGAUGAAAAAGGCCAUGAAUCAGUUUUGAGAGAACCGGAUAGUGUAUCUGGAGCCCUGCUAUUUUUCGCUCAGAUGACAAAACUCACUUACCUGUUCAGCACACUUUAUCUAGUCAGUGACGAUGUGUGCAACAGGCAUAUGACAGUGAUGGAUCUUGAAUUUAUCACCUAUCCCGAAGAGUACAUGACUCAAUCCCUGAUGUAUCGAAAUACUGGAAUCACAUCAGGUAUGUUGAGGUGUCUGACGAACAUAGUGAAAUACUUCCAGGUUGCAGGCUCACCACAAGCUCGAGAACUCGCAGUGAAGAGUAUAGAACAAGAGCUAGUUGAAUGUGAGCCUCCAGCGUUCAAUGACAUCCCGAACUCUCUGAAUUCGUUGAUAAUAUAUCAUCAAUCUGUGAUGUUUUAUACGGCCAUAAAGCUACUUUUUAUGAGAGAGGUGAAGUUGCGAGACCCACAUGAUUUGGAAGAUCUGGUGGACUCUGGAAUUAACCACAUAGAAAUUUACGAAGAGAUCUCGAAGGAAUCCACAGGGCUUGGCUUGUUUUGGCCGGCUUUUGUAGUUUGCUGUGAAGCAACAUCUCCUGAGUCGCAAGCAAGAAUCACUUCAUGGCUGCAAACAAUAGAGCCUCAUUGUGUGGACAGUAUGAAACGUGGAAACCGGGUUAUCAAGAAGAUCUGGCAAAGGAGGCGAGAUGAAGAGCAGGUAAGCUGGUUGACGGUCAUUCGAGAAGUUGAUCCCACACUGUUGUUGGUCUGA